CCAUAAAGUCAUAGCUACGUCACGGCUGUGGUAGUUUUCAGGUUAUAUCGUGAAAGUAUUAAUUGUUUGGUGUUGAAUUAAUUCAAAAUAGAUCGAAUUGAAAAGCGAUGGAAACAAUACUGGAGCAACAGCGACGAUAUCAUGAAGAAAGGGAGCGACUGAUGGAUGCGAUGGUGAAGGAGAUGUUACACAAAAAAGCGGGACAUCGCGAGAACAUCAACUCGGAGCAUCGCUUAAAGAUGCUGCUGGAUCAGUUUAUGGACAGUACGAUGCAUUUGCAGGACUUAUAUGAGGACAAGGAUGGACAGAGAAAAGAGGAAGUUCAAGCACUCUCCGGUCCAAACGAAUUCUCAGAAUUUUAUUCGCGCUUGAAGUCUAUAAAGGAAUUCUAUCGACGACAUCCCAAUGAGAUCAGUGUUCCCAUGUCCGUCGAAUUCGAGGAGCUAGCUAAGAUGAGGGAGAACCCGACCGAAGAACUAUCCAAUCUUGUCGAGUUUACAGAUGAAGAGGGUUAUGGAAAAUACCUUGAUCUUCACGAGUGUUACCAAAAAUAUAUUAAUCUCAAGGGGAUAGAAAAGAUAGAUUAUAUAACUUAUCUGUCGACUUUUGAUCACUUGUUCGAUAUUCCUAGAGAAAGAAAGAACGCGGAGUAUCAGAGAUACGUCGAGUCCCUCUUAGGGUACCUGACGGAUUACCUGAACAGAGUGAGGCCUCUGCUCGAUAUAAGUACAGAGGUUGAAGAAGCCAAUAAGGACUUUCAAAGUCAGUGGGAGAAGAAUUCCUUUCCUGGUUGGCCCAAGGAAACUGGAAGCGCUCUGACUCACGUAGGUGCACACCUGGAGCUAUCCGCGUUCUCAUCAUGGGAAGAGUUAGCGUCUCUUGGUUUAGACAGAUUAAAAUCUGCUUUAAUGGCACUAGGACUAAAGUGCGGAGGUACCCUUGAGGAACGGGCGCAAAGACUUUUCAGUACAAAAGGCGAAGCCUCUUUGGAUCCCAACCUGUUGGCCAAAAAUCGAAAAGGAAAGUCAGCUAAGAACAAAGAUUCCGAGAAGCAAAAGGAGAUUGCGCGACUCGAGGCUCACGUAUAUAAGCUCGCCGAAUUAGUAUCAAGUCAACGAGUGGCCACGAAGGAGAACGUGCAAAGGAAGCAAGCGAGAACCGAGGGUGAAAGAGGAGAUUCCGACGCGGAGGCAAGUGCAAGUGAAUCGGAGGAAGAGGACGAUAACGAGGUCCCAUAUAAUCCGAAGAAUUUACCAUUAGGCUGGGAUGGAAAGCCCAUACCUUAUUGGUUAUACAAGUUGCACGGUUUAAAUAUUAGUUACAACUGUGAGAUUUGUGGAAACUUUACAUAUAAAGGUCCGAAAGCAUUCCAGAGGCACUUUGCGGAAUGGAGGCACGCGCACGGCAUGCGUUGUCUUGGCAUUCCAAAUACUGCACACUUUGCUAAUGUCACUCAGAUUGAAGACGCUCUUGCUCUAUGGGAAAAGCUCAAGGCACAGAAACAAGCUGAACGUUGGCAACCAGAGCAGGAAGAGGAAUUCGAAGAUUCGCUUGGCAAUGUAGUCAAUCGUAAAACAUACGAAGAUCUCAAGAGACAAGGUCUGCUAUGAAGUGUAUAUCUGAAUCAAGUCUUAUUGUAAUCUUUAAUUACCAACUGUAUCGCUCUAUCUUUUUAUAAUGCUACUUAUCUCUAUUAAAGCACAUUCAUCAAUGAUAUAUUUUUUCCAAUUAUUUAAAAAUCUGUUAAAUUAUUAUUAAUAUUAUUUUGAAACUUUGCCUUAACUUCUUUUAAAUUAAUAACUUAAAACUUUGAUUUGAAAUAAUCAAAGAGCAAUAUUACAUGAAUGUAUUGUAUGAUAUCUAUCUUGGAUGAUAUCUAUCUUGAAUGAUACAUCCAAACAUUUUUUAAAUAAAAGCCCAUGAUUAUAGACAAUAUAUAAUUCGUAUUAGAAUUCUCAGGAUAGAAUAAUUACUUGAUUCUGUUUAACACUAUUUUUAAUUUUGUCUUAUAUUUUGACUUGCGAGUGUGUGUGUAUGCGUGAGUGUGCGUGUGUUUUGAUAUAUUUUUUAUGUAUUAUAAUUCUUUAAAAGUUUUUCAUAUUAUAUGGUAUGUGCAAAAUUAUAAAUAGGAUUCCGUUGCGAAUUAUAAACUGUCAAAAGUGGGCUGCGAUAUAAAAAAUUGUAAAUUUGUUUUGCCAUUAUACUAAACGUUUGGGACCUUGCAAGUUAUUACUUAUGUUUAAAAAACUGAUAAUUUAUACCAAUUAUUUUACUCUUUUUUUUGCUAAUUUUUAAAAUAUUAUUAAAAAGCAUUUCUGAAACUGAACCACUUAAAUUUCGCCUAUAAUCUUUGUAACUUCCUCUAUUCUGCCAAUAAA